UCGUGAAUAUCGGAUGCGUUUGUGGCAGAACAGACCGCGGAUUUUAAUUGCAGGUGCAGCUGUAUUAAAUACAUACUCCCACAUAUGUAUGUACAUAUGUAUGCUGCUGCCAGCUCACUUGACAAAAUUGCGGCAGUGCGUGUGGAAAUGCGUGUCGAUAUAGUGCGUUCCGCUGGAUAAUUUAGACGGGAAUCCAUUCCGCCGCAUGGGAGAAAUUUCAGCAGAAGCUACUUUCGCAAAAAGUGUAAAUAUGUAGAUACAAUCUGGUAGAUACAUUCGCGUACAUAAACUGUUUCAAUUAUUUUAUUGGCCUGCUCAUGGACAAAGAUUCGCAGAAUUGAAAGUGAAUCAAGUGAUAUGAACUGAGGCGAAAGCCAAAAUAAAACAAAAUAAACCAUAAGGAACAUUUGCAAACAAUCAAAAUGUCGAAGAAACCACGUGGACACAUUCACAAGAUCCGAGAGUUUGAACUGGAGAAGAUCCAGCUUGUGGACGAGUUUGAUAUCAUUCAGAUCGUUGGCGAGGGAUGGUUCGGGAAGAUCUUGCUGGUUGAGCACCGGGGAUCCCAGACGGAGAUGGUCCUCAAAGCCGUACCCAAGCCAUAUGUGACCCUAAGAGACUUUUAUCGGGAAUUCCAUUACGGACUCCAUUUGGGUGUGCACCGACAUAUAGUAACCACCUAUGAUGUGGCCUUUGAAACGGCGGGUUUCUACGUUUUCACCCAGGAAUAUGCUCCACUAGGGGAUCUCACAUCGAACGUGACCGUCGGCGUGGGCGAAGUUUACAGUAAGCGUGUGGCCAAACAAUUGGCCUCGGCCAUAGACUACAUGCAUUCAAAAGACAUAGUCCAUCGGGAUAUUAAGUUGGAUAAUGUCCUUAUUUAUCGCUCGGACUUUCAGCGCAUCAAGCUCUGCGAUUUCGGCGAGUCCUUUCCCACAGGCUCCACUGUGGAGCGGCGGAACGAAUGGCUGCCCUACAGUCCGCCUGAAGUAUUAGAAAUCAAGCCCGAGGGCAGUUACAAAGCCGAUCCCAGCCACGAUGUCUGGCAGUUUGGCAUUGUGAUCUUUGUGUGUUUAACUGGUUGUCUGCCCUGGCAGAAGGCUUCAUCCGAUGAUCCUCGUUAUGUGCGAUAUUUGGCCUGGCAGGGUGGUCUUAUGAUGAUGCCCCUGCGGCGAACUCCUAGGCUCUUUAAGCUCCUCACUUCGAAUGCCCAGCGCAUGUUCAAGCGCUUCUUUGCCAGAAUCUCCAACCGUCCAAAGAGCCUGGCCGAUGUAACCAAGUUCCUAGAUGAUCGCUGGCUGGCCAAGACAGCGCAAAAGGAGAUGGCCGAAUAUGAGACCGAUGAGCUGUGUCCCUCCAUGUACUCCUUUCACAGCAGUCCGGAUGAGAAGAAUCGUUUGCUAUACACUUUGGCCGAUUGCGGGAUCGAGACGAAUGUGGAUCGGCAACAGAAGAAGAAUCGCAUCAAAGACUGGAUCGAGUCGUCCAUCAUAACAGAGGAGGAUGAGGAAGAGAACGAAGAGACCAAUUCCGCCUCUCCAUCGUCAUCAGUUUCCCGGGAACCGCUGCCCGGUCACAUCUCGUCACUGCGCAAGCCGGCCAGUCCGCCGGAAAGCACCAAAGUCAAGGGCACCCUUAAGGAUGCCACACAGAAGCACUUCGAUCCGACGGGGGCAUUGCAGCAGGGUCCCAGCGAAAUGGGCCAAGUGGCCAUGUCGUAUUCCAAGUCCGCCAGUCCCUCCUCCAACUAUAGCACCACGGCCUCCACGUUGAACAAUGCAGACAGCCUACUGACGCUGGGCUCGCGGCAGGAUCUGCUGGCCAGCAACAUGACCAUGUACACAUCCAUGGAGACGGAACUGAAUCGUCUAGUUAAAGACAGCGCCUACGGAUCGGCCGAUGUCAGCGAGAUGACGACGAGCAGGAGUCCCCGGAGUGCCCCAGUUAUGAAAGACACCGCCUAUGACCGCACCAGCAGCAGCAGCCACAAUAUCGCUCGCCGCCAGCGCAGAUAGCUACUAUUUUGGGUUCGCACAGCCACUCACUGAUUUACAAGUUCCAAUAAAUAGAUAACGUACAUUUCUUAA